AUGUUCAGCAUCUACGACGUUGUCUACAGCUUCAGCCGCCGGACCCCUGAGCACCAAACUACGGCAGUGCCCGACAAGGUCCUCAACGAGUUCUUGACGACCCUUCUGCUCGCACCACUGCUUACAGCUGGCCUGGAUCGCCAACCUCUGAGCACGCUUGUUGCCACGGAUGCCUGUCCCGAAUAUGGGUUUGGCGUCUGUGCAGCAGAGUGCUCACAGCUGAAUGCUUUUCAGGAGUGCAACAUGGCAGAACGCAGGGGUGAUUUCGUGCGCCUCACUACCUCAGCAAGUGACCCAGUUGAAGUUGCCAGGCUGGGGAAGCCAACACGCCUCCCUCUCAAGCAACAGGACUUCAAGACAGUGGUCUCUUGUCGUGCGAGAUGGCCAGGACACUCCGGAGUAUUGGAGAUGCACGGCUACAUGCUUGGCCUGAAGUGGGCAGCAAGACAUCCGCGACGACACCAUCGAAAGAUCCCUUUUCUGGUGGAUGCAAAAGCUGUGGUGGGUGCGGCCACGAAGGGCCGCAGUUCUGUACGCGCUUUCCUCAAGAUCCUGCGAAGCACAGCUGCUUACACACUCGCUGCUGACGUCCUUCCGAGAAUCGUGUAUAUUCCUUCCGAGUCAAACCCCGCAGACGCUCCAUCGCGGGGACGGAAACUCAGAAGAGGACGACACGUUCUGCACAGAUGCAAGAAUUUGUGA